UUGACGAUUUAAACCGUUGAAGCGGUCUGACUGAAGCUGUACUAAAGGCGCCUGGGCCUACACAGAAGAAUAAUAAUAACAACACUGGAGAGUUGUUUAGGCUCUUCUCUUUCAUUUUCCGUCUGUCACUGUUCGACUGGAAUUGAACUUAAUUUAAUCGAAUCUAGCUGAAAUAGUUAACAUGAGACUUCGAUCGAGAGUUAUUUCCCUGGAGAGCCCGUCGUCUCAGAGCAGCUCCCAGCGCCGUCGUCAGCCGGAUCUGAGAGGAGAGCCGCGGGUCGAGCAGAGUCCGGCUCAGGCUCUGUCUCAGAACGUCCAGGUUUUAAAGGAUUGCUCCAAUUUGUACUGUGAUACCAUUCCAACUGCAGUGAAGCGCCCACACUUAAGACAUAGAAGGAAACGGGUUCUACCAUUACAUGAGAGUAAAGCAGAAUCUGACUUUAAGACACCCGUGCGGUAUCUCCAGGAAAGGCGGUACUCGGUCAAUCCUGCUGCACGUAGCCUUUAUUCUCCUGUUGUUGGUUUUGUCACACCCGUUAAAGACAAUGAGAGGACAAAGCAUUGUGCACUGUUCAGCCCUGAGCUGUGUGUUUUCGGAUACAGUGCCGUCAGCUCCCUGUCAGAAGAUGAGGAGAAUGAUAAGGUGUUCAGCCCAUUCACAUUCAUCAAAAACAUUCCAAACCAGUCGCAACAGUCCAGAGCAGUUUCGACUCUCCGGGACAUACCACCAAGGACAAGAAGCACACCUGCAGCCACCAUGGUGCUCGAUCUGGAUGAAACCCUUGUGUUCAGCUCCCUUAAUAGAAUCGAGGAUGCAGAGUACACAUUUAACACAGUCUUUCAAGCUCAAGAAUACAAGGUGUAUGUGGUUCUCAGGCCAUAUGUGAAUGAGUUUCUGCAAGCUAUGAUGAAGCAUUUUGAGAUGUUUGUUUACACUUCUGCUAAAAAGGAGUAUGCGGAAAUGAUAGUGGACAUACUGGACCCAAGGAAAAAAAUAUUCAGACAUCGUCUAUAUCAGGAUGACUGCGCAUGCGUUCUUGGACACUAUAUUAAGGACUUGGGGGUGCUGGAAAGGGAUCUUUCAAAAACUGUGAUUCUGGGCAACGCACCCCACACUUUCCCAUACCAUCUGAUGAACAUGAUUCCAAUAAAAAGCUGGUGUGGAGAUAAAGAGGACAAGGAGCUCCAGAGGCUCGUCCCUUACUUGGAAAAGCUCACCCAAGCUAAUGACUUCAGGACGGUGCUCAAGAGGAGGACGGCACAUCUUCACAGUCUGCUCGCUGAAGACUAAAAUCCUGUGCUGUUUGUUUGUGUAUAUAUUUUCCUGUAGUAUAUUAUUUUGGAUGUAAUAUAGGCUGAAUCAUUUCAAAAUGCUAGUCAUUUAACUCAUUUUAUCUGCUUCCAGCCAUGCCUCAUUUAGGCUGGUUGCUGUCAUUUGAAAUGUUGUUCAUUUUUUAAAUUAUUGUGAACAUUUGAUUAUUAUUUUUUUGCUAAUUUAUUAUUGCUGUUUCUCACAUGACACUUUAAAAUACACGGUGUGUCCGAAUGCCCUGGAUUCUUCUACUUUAAUAAUUUUCUUCAAAAAAUAAACUUUGGUCUUUUUAA